AAAAAAAAAAACGUUUAUAAUGUAUUAUCAUAAACAUUAAACAAUAACAGAUCUAAUUUUUAACAAAAUAUUAAAUAAUAAAAUAUAGCUGUUCUUUUAUAAAUGAGAAGUGAGCACCGGGCAUUAUAUUUGGAAGAAUGGAUAACAUUUAUUGUUAAAAUAAGAAGAAAUAACCCUAGUAGUGUACUUGCUUAUGUUACUAUGGUCUAUGUAUGUGUACUCGCAAUGUUCAACAUAUCUUUAAAAAGUCACUGUAACAGAAUAUGGUAACCAUUCUUCAUUUUCGUUAUUUAAUCUCCAAAAAACGAGAAAAUGUCGUUGGUUAAACAGGAAACUACAGAUAUUCAUGCAAUAUUCACAACAUUGAAAAAGCUUCAUGACAUAUCUAAGACCAACAACAAACCUGAGUUAGGUGAAGAAACCCAUGAGGAUGACUAUAAACUUGCAUCAAAACGUAAAACAGAACUUGAUUUUGAUGGUCUAAGCGAUGAUAGUACAUUAAACUCAUCAAUAAAUAAAACUAAAAGACGCAGGUUCUCUGACAGUCAGGAAUUCAGCUCAAGUGAAUUUUAUCUUGAUGAUUAUCGAAACACAGGCAAAUGUAAAAGGGAAUUUGCUGUGACACUCUCAAAUUUACCUGGGGAGUGGACAUAUAACCAAAUUAAACAAUAUGUUACUGAGGAGUGUGGUGUGAAUGUUAUGGGCAUGAUAGAUUCCAGGUGUCAAAAGUCUGAUUACCAACUGCGGCUUAGGUUUAUUAAUAGAUAUCAGUAUAAUUAUGUUCUCAGUAAACUGAAAAAUAAAGAAGGCGAAGGAAAACUUAAAAUUGAAGUUGAAGGCGAUUGUGAUUCAGAAAGUGAAGACUCUGAUGCAACAGUGUUAGUUGAGAAAAGUGAACCACCAUCAUGCAAAUCCCAGCCUAGUGAAGCUGGGGUAGAAAAUUAUCUGUAUGGUUUGAAUCCAGAGUUUCUAAAAAGUCUUAAUAUUGAACCACCAUUAGUGAAAUGGAUUAGUGUUUCAAAUUUUCGGUGUGAUAAGUCUGAACUACGGGAUCUCUUCGAGAUGGCAGGACGCGUAGUUAUUUGCGUGAUAUUAUAUUCCAUUAACAAAUGUGCGAAAAUUAUGUACAGCCAUCCGCUUGAAGCUGUUCAGGCGAUAUCUUUAUUGAAUGGCCAAAUAUUUUAUGGGCAAUCCCUAAAUGUUACCUUAGAUCCUAUGGCAGAUUCUGCAAUACCCUUACCAAAAGGUCUCCAAAAAUUUGGCUUAGGUCUUGGCCAGAACGGAAAACCCCUACGCGAUGUUGUAGCAGAAUAUGAAUGUUUUGUAAAUGGUGGUCCUUCGUCUAUUAACGCAUCCUUGUUCGGAAAAUCAGUAAUUCCCGACGAUUCUGAUCGAUACUCACCUUCUAAACCUAGCGGGUCGUUGGGCCUGUUUGGAGCAAUUGGUGAAAAAAAAAUACCAGCUUAUCAGCCUACUAAUUCUAGUAACCCACUUAUUAGUCCAUCGCAUUUUGUAACGACCCAACCUUCUAGAUUAUUUAUGGGAAUUAGGCAUGACAAGUCAGGUAUGGUUCUCAAUAACUUAGCGAAAACGUCCUUGGGUAUGCAAUCGCCUUUAGUUGGUCAAAAAUACACAGCUUUGACAAUUCAAAGUGGUCCAUCUCUAAAUGGUCCACCAAUCGAUAAGUCUAGGUGCUUAAAUCCUAACAUGCAGAACUUUCCUAGGCCUAACUACAGUCAAGUUACAAAUGUUCCGGGUCAAUAUCCACCCCGUCCUAAUUACCCUGGAUCUAAUUUUCAAGGUCAGCCAGGACAACCUGUGACUAAUUUCCAAGUUUCAACAAAUAGAGGACAAAUUGGACAGGGAAAUCCAGGACCUUUCAAUUUGCGACAUCCUCAAAUUCCUCCGAGUUUUAGGCCUCAAGGUCCAUUUAUCCAAAAUGGGCCAAUUGGACCUAUGCCAAGAAUGUUCCCAUCUGUUCAAAACACAGGUCCUAAGCCUAACAACCCUUUACCCGUUCCCUCACCUGUUCAGCCCAUGGCAGCAUCGCCAUCUAGACCUUCGAAUGGGCCAGUGUUAUCUCAUGGCCAAAGAAGCUUGCAGCCUGUUAUGGUACUGAAGGGAAAAGAUCCUUUUACUCUUCAUAUUACAAAUUUGCCAGCGCAUGUAAGAUUUGCCAAUCUGUGUGAUAAAUUGUCGAAGGUUGGUCAAGUAGUAUCAUUAGAAUUUACUACGCCUGGUUCCGCGUUGGUAAAAUAUGGCAACCACCUUGAGGCAGAGAAGUGUUUUCAAUAUUUCAGUCCAUCGCGGUUCGGUCACGAACUUGGAAUGGUCUGAAUAGACCAUUUUUAAAAUGGUAAUGUUAUAAUAAUUUAUUUAUUAUUCGAUCUCAUUCUCCAAAUAAAUUAAAGCAUUCGAUUCCGAUUGGCGAUUCAUAUGAAAAAAAUACGGCGUCAGAUGAUAUAUUAUCUCAAUACUUUUUCCACUUCCACGCUUAACGGAAUACCUUGAACACUUCAGAAAUAGUCCAAUAAUGAGAUACGGGUCCAAAGUCCUCAAUUGGCCCCAAAGGGAACAUAAAGCUCGCAAAACGAGUAUUUUACUUUCAAAUGAGUCUUAAAUUUGUUUAUAGCGAUAAAAAUUACGCGCCUACUUUGUCGUAUCCAUUAAUUUAUAUUAUGUUUAAAUGCAGGAAGUUUUGUUUCUUCGCCUUACAAGAC